AUGAGUUCCCUCGGUGAAGCAAUCAUCCACCUUGCAAUCGAUCUGUUCCACCAGAUCAGAAAAUCAGAGAAGGAAAACAUCUUCCUGUCCCCUUUCAGUAUCUCGUCAGCCUUAGCCAUGACUUACUUAGGGGCCCGAGAAAACACCGCAUCAGAAAUGCAGAAGGUCCUUCACUUCAGUGAAAUCACAGCCAACACAAAAGGAGGGGCCACAAAAGAUCCCGUUGAAAAGCCAGGAAAUGUUCAUCAUCACUUUCAAAAGCUUCUGACGGAAUUAAAGAAAUCCACUGAUGCCUAUGAGCUGAGUGUCGCCAACAGGCUCUAUGGAAGAAAAGACUUUCCAUUUCUCCAGGAAUACAUGGAUAAUGUUAAGAAAUUUUAUCUAGCCAGUGUGGAAUCUGCUGAUUUUAAAAAUGCUGCAGAGGAAAGUCGAAAGAUGAUUAAUUCCUGGGUGGAGAGCCAAACCAAUGAAAAAAUCAAAGAUCUGUUUCCCAAAGACUCUCUCCACAGCACUACUGCUCUGGUUCUGGUGAAUGCUGUCUAUUUCAAAGGGCAGUGGAACCAGGAAUUUAACAAAGAAAAUACUGUGGAGGAAAAGUUUUGGUUGAACAAGGAUACAAGCAAACCUGUGCAGAUGAUGAAACAAGCCAAUCAUUUCAAUUUCGUGUCACUGGAAGACGUGCAAGCCAAGAUCCUGGAAAUACCGUACAAAGGCAAUGAGCUAAGCAUGAUGGUGCUGCUGCCCAAUGAAGCAGAUGGUCUGCAGGAGCUUGAAGACCAGCUCACUGCUGAGAACGUGAUAGAGUGGACGAGCCCACAGAAUAUGGGGAAGAGACAAGUGGAUUUAUACCUGCCUCGGUUUAAAGUGGAAGAGAGCUAUGACCUCGUGCCCACACUGCAAGCCCUGGGGAUGGUGGACGCCUUCCGUCGUGGGGUGGCUGAUUUCUCCGGCAUGUCCAGGACACGUGAUCUGGUGGUGUCGACGGUCGUCCACAAGUGCUUUGUGGAGGUGACCGAGGAGGGCACGGAGGCCACAGCUGCUUCCGGCGUAGAAAUUACUGUAAGAGCAGGAAGAAAUUCUGAGAGUUUCUGCUGCAAUCACCCUUUCCUGUUCCUCAUCAAGCACAUCAAGACCAACAGCAUCCUCUUCUGUGGCCGAGUCUCUUCCCCUUAG